AUGACCAACGACGUGAAGAGUUUGAGUGGUGGCAGCAUGCUACCCAUGGCUUGGCUGCUCUCGGCCAUGAUGAUGGGAUCAUGCGUUGCCUUUAUUCCUCGCCAUCAUCCUCGCGUGGAACCAUCGACAUUGCUCCAUAUCGGUGCUACCUCCAACUACUUGUCGUUUACUGGACAAAAUACUGGAGCAUCAGUUGCAGCACCCCAGCAGAUUUCUUCAGGUGGAGGCGACGAUGAAUUUGUGGUGGGUGUGCUCGGAGAUCUGCACAUUGACCCAAGAAAAUUUGACGACUACGAAAUCGGACGUGAGCAUUGGUUGAGAAUUUUUGACGAGACAAGAGCGCGAAAUUGCAACAAUCUUGCUCUGGUGUCUCUGGGUGAUCUUGGAGAAUCCAAAUCGGUCCGUCCCAAGGAGACUUCGGAACUCUUCGCGGGUACCACAGAAUGCCACAUGAUGGCGGCAGAGUAUUUGCGUUCUCUUGGCGUGGAAUAUGAAGUGGUGGGUGGAAACCAUGAUUUGGAAGGAAUCGACGAAUUCAAAACCGACGAGGAAAACCUUGAACUGUUUCUGCGGGCCCACAACAAGCCAGCCCCACAAUUCUUGAGGUACAUUGGUGAAAAAACAGCUUUGGUGGGUUUAACAUCCACUGUUUUUCGUGAUGCCAAGUACACGUCUCACGAGGUAACCAUUGACGAGGAUCAACUCAACUGGUUUGAAGAAGUCGUUACAACACAUCCUGCAUCUGAGGGGUGGAAGAUCUUUGUCUUUACUCAUGCCCCACCCAACGGGAGUGGACUUCGUGUGCUGCAGGAAAAUCAUGUGGUGAAUGGCUGCUGCUGGCUCAAUCAUUCCAACGAAAACCAAUGUCGCAAGUUUAUUGAACUUGUCAGAGAAAACCGUUGCAUCAAGGCAUGGUUCUCGGGACAUUUCCACUUGGGACAGGACUAUCAAGACUCCAUCACCUUUCCUACGGUAGAUCCCAGUGAAGGACCUUACCCCAACCGUGGUUCUUGUGUCUUUGCGCAAACAUCUGUCAUGAGGGCAGGAACUUCUCGUGACGGGAGACAGCAAUCACGGCUGAUUCGAGGCAACAAUCAAGGUUUUGAGAUUUGCACUAUUGAUCAUGCCAACAAUGGCGCUUUGCGUGUGGAUGCCACGAUCAACUACAAGGAUUGCAACCACGAGGUGGGAGUUUACGCUCACGAAGAUAUUACUCGCCAAGGUGAUCAGUUCUUCAAAGUAUAUGCACCCUGUGCUGGCGACAGCCUUCAUCCACCGGAUGAGAACCUUAUUGGAUAUGAUGAAUAUGGGGAAAUCCGCAUCGACACUCCCAUCACAGUGGACAGCAAAGCUUGGUGGUACAUGGCCGAUGGUCGUGUGAUGGGUCUAUUGAAUGGAAUGAUGAUUGAGUAUGAUCGAUCCACAUUGGCUCCAUUGGGAUUGGUGUGUGGAGCUGAUGAAUUGGUUGGAAAGCGCAUCGCUGUCGUGGACUCGGGCAUUGAACAAAACUGCUUUGUUGGUGAGGAUCUCGGCAUGGAGGGUGCUGACUGUACUGACACCAGCCAGUCACGUGAACAAGCGCUUCUGUUGGUCAGUGCUGAUAAUUCUGUUGUUGUUGUCCAACCUAACGAGGACGGCUCCUUCUGGCGCAAGAUUGUGCGAAACAAAAUGAUUCGUGAGAGAGAAAAGAGACGAGAGCUUGCUGCCAAAGAAUUCCUGGAUCGCUCGCAACCGGUACAGUGGAGCACUCCUGGUGGUGCCAGCAAGAGUGAGGAUGUCGACGUUGUCUCAUCCUGGGGACCGUACACAUCGACCCAAGGUACAGCAAAGAAGACCGGAGUAUCCGGGCUGACCGCUCCUGCAAUGAGGUAG